AUGACAUCUGCGGAAAUAUCCAACGAAACAGCAAUGAAUCAAGUUGACCUAGUAUGGACACUACCAGGAUCAAUGUUGACUAUAACCGAAAAUUUAAAUAGUCAAGAUAAUGAUUCAACUUAUACUUUGACAACACCAAUUAUUGAGGAAAGCAACUGCGAUUACAAUAACUGUUUAGAUCCAGAAGACUAUAACGAAACAUCUGCUUGUACUGCUAUUACAACAUUAAAUGUAGAAAGCGAAGCAAGUUAUAAUUCUCAUCCCGAUAGAACCUUUACCGUAACGGUUCCAAAUAAACAAUUCAUUGAUAUUGACAAGAAAAAUCUUGAAAUCUACCAAAUUUUCGAAGAGGAUCAUGUUGGACAUGGUACUAUAGACAAAAUAGUCAGAUGGUAUAACCUACAAAAGAAUGAAGACCAAACUCCCCUCCUGACACACAAAAAGUAUAAAACAAAGAUCAAGAAAAAUUCACCUUUUAGACCAUUUAAGAUUGAUACAUGUAUAAAUGUUUGCUAUGCUUUCCCGGACAAAAGUGAAUUACAGUGCCCUGAAUGCCAUGAAGCAAGAUACACUUCAUCCAAUUCUACUGCAACAACUACACGAACUACAGAACAGUUAAAGAUAGCUCCUCAACUGGCUUCACUUUUCACAAAUGCGAUGUUUUUACGUCAGUGUGAAAAACCUAUCGAUACAAUCAUCAAAGGAUCAUAUAUAAAAGAUCUUCAAUCAAAAGGCUUGUUUCAAGGAAAAUAUGAUAUUGGCUUGGUUCACAGUGGCGGACUAUAUGGUAAAAACCCGCAACAUGUGGUAAAAACCCGCAACAUUUGGUGGUAA